GUCUAGAAAAUAAUAAAAAGAACAAAUACAGAAUAGAUUAUUUAUAUAUUAUUAAUAAUUAUUCUGAAUAAGCUGUAAUAUUGGACUCAAGAAGAUCAACACAGGCAAAAAUCGGUUGCAGUUCUAGUGUGUGACUGAUCCAUCUAUCUCACAAGGAAAUGACAUCACGUGUUGACUGCAUGGUUGGCUCAUCCCUCCAUAUUAAUCGUGAAAGACAGCACAGGAAAAAAAGCAGAGGAGUCCAUGAGCCAGCAUGCUGAUAGUCUUCCCCUGUUCACCACGCUGCUCUCUAAUCUGCAUGCAGACAACUUCUUUGUGGAUAUUUGGAUUUCUUCACCAUAGCAACAGUGCUGUAGAACCACGCCGUACAAUCUCUCAUCCGACACAGUCGUGUCUGGGCAUCUCAAGGCGCACGGGAGAGAGAGAGAAAAGGAAAAAAGGAGAAAGGGGAAAAGGACACCCCUUGCCUGCACCUGAUUCUCUGUAGGAUUUUGCCUCAUUAGGACCAUGACAGCUCGGUUACAAUGGCUCCAAAGUGCCAAGGGUCACAUUCACAGUCGUUGGGUGAGCACUCAUUACUGCACUCAGCUGAGAGAUAAAUGGAGGGAUGCAAUAAUUUCACUCUUUGCUCACCAUGCCAGAUCCGCUCUAUGCUGAAUCCUUUGUGUCAGCCAGUCAGGCUUCUGUUUCCGUAAUCAACUGUGGGUUAAUUUUUAGACAAAGGCUUCCACACUGCCAAGCUGUCCGUGCCUCUAAAUUCCCACUCAUUUCACCUCUCCGCUCUGUGUUUACCUCCGUCUUCUAAUUUCUCCGCCCCUUUCUCUCACUCUUUCAUGCUCCCUCCCACAGCUUGCCAUCUCUCCUCCCCUCAUGCCUUCAAAGCCAGUGGUCUGCUAGUCACUCCAGGGCAGCUUGCUACAUGAUCUCUCGGAAAACAGCCUCCACGUCUUUCUCAAGCUGCUCCAUGUGUGAGCUUUUUUAGAAUUUCUUGCCCGGUACUGCAGGAUGUUUUUGUGCUGGCACUGAUUCCUCCAUUUCUCUUCUCGUUUUCCCCUUCCCCUCCCCUGUCCUGAUCUCCUGCCCUCUGACCCUCACCCCCUGUCUUAUCCUAUUCCUUCCUAUCCCAAGUCCUUCUCUUCUUUCUCUCUCUCUUGACCAUGUUGCCAUGUGUCCACCGACUCCAGCCUGUCCUUGCUUUGCUGUCCUUUACUUUGUUGGCUCAAGGGGAAAACUGUCCAACCACCUGCCUGUGCCCAGACCCUCACACUGUGGACUGUAGCGGGCGAGGACUUACCCGUCUUCCGGAUGAGAUCCCCUUGGAUGUGCGGAGACUUCUGCUGGCUAACAACUGGAUCCCUCGUAUUCCCUCGGACUUCCUAGUGCUCUACAGCGACCUGGUCUAUCUAGACCUUCGCAACAACACGCUCUCCCACAUUGAGCCAGGCACCCUUAGUACGUCCUCCAGGCUAGUUUUCCUGGACCUUGGCUGCAAUAACUUGACCGAGAUCCCCAAAGGGACUUUCGGAGAGUCGAGGAGCCUAAUUAAGUUGCGCUUGGGCAACAACCCUUACCUGAGCAUGGUCAACGAAGAUGCUUUCAUGGGUCUUACAUCCUUGCGUGAACUAGAACUGGAAUGCAACGCCCUGUCUGGGCUACAAGUGGGCGCCCUAAACCAGCUGCCCUCCCUUCGGGUGGUAAGGUUAGAGGGCAACCCAUGGGUGUGCAAUUGCAACUUUGCCAACCUGUUCACUUGGCUGGUAGAGAAUAGUCACAAGCUUCCCAAUGGUAUAGAGGGUAUGGAGUGCUCUUUGGCCACUGAUGGACGCCGCUUGCCUCUCAGCCAGCUCUCUCAGGACAGUUUUCGGGAGUGCCAGAUCACACUCACCCUCACCGAUUUCCUCAUCAUCAUCUUCUCGGGCAUCUCCGUCUCGGUGGCAGCCAUCAUAGCCAGCUUCUUCCUGGCUUCCACCGUCCACUGUUUCCAGCGUUGGAGCAAGGGCACUAAAGGAGAUGAGGAAGAGAGUGAGGAAUGAGGAGGGAGGUUGGAGCCGAUGACCUUCAGUCUGAUUCAAAGCUGCCAGUCCUUGACAGGAAGUAGCAAAGAGUUCUAUCAAACAGCAUGCCUGACCAGACACCAGCUAGAACUAGAGCUAGCAUGGUUAAAUACGGAAGAGACCAUCAUCCAAGAUUUGAAGCAAUUGUUUCUCAAGUGGAUAGAUGUAUUUAUGGUGACAGCACUAUUAAUAUUGCUGGUAUGGACAGAGUAACCCUGAAAUCAAUGGAUAUUUGGUAUGAACGUAAACCUUAGUAUGCAAGCUUCCAGGGAAUCACAUGUGAAUGGAAAUUCUUCAAGGUCCUGUCCUCCGGUAGAGUUCUCAGUGUUGUUGAAUAUUGUUGUCUAUAGAGUCUCUUCAUGCAUAAGUCAAUAUAAAGCUAGCAAAAACUGUGCUACUUGUUAAUUGUGCCAAAUUAGCACACGUAGAGAGCAAAGGUUUGGCAAAGCACUAAGGAUUAUGAAAGACAAGUUAGUUAGUCAGUCAAAUGUUGCAGUUAUAGCUUUAUAAAGCCAAGUAUAUGUGAUGGAAGCCAUUUUUCAUAAAAUUUGCAAGACUGCAAAACAAAAAUAUGAGCUUAGAAAGAUUUCAGAAGGCAUUAGCUGAAAUUGAAGAUCUAGAAUAGAGCUUGAUGUGAAUAGCCGUGUCAAUUACUGCACUUUAAAAUGGCUCUACCUAAGUUACGCUGGCCCUCAAACCCAAACCCAGUGGACUGGUUCCGCCCAGAUCUGCCAAAGAAUGAGGCAUCGAGGGACCGUGUUUUCAAAUAUAGAUUUAUUUUUCUUUAAAGAAAGUAUGUGAUCUUAGCAAGAUUACAUUUAUUUAGUGUAAUUAUGGUACUCAAAUAUUUACCCUUAAUGUGACUUCUAAAGACAAUAGCUAUGAGAUGGAGAUAAAUACAUACUACUGUUCUGCAAAUGUUUUUGUGUUAUUCAUAUCUUAAUGGUAUAUUGGAGAUAACAGUCAUACAGUGGCUCGAAAGAGUAUUUCAGUGCUUAGACCAUAGUUAAAAAUGUAUUGUCAUUGCAUUAGCUAACAAAAUAUCAAACCAAGUGGCACUUAUUUUAAAGAAAGAUAGCACAAGCACAUAUUUCAAAAAAUACUUCUCACUAAACGAUUCUCAAACUUAAAGGAAUAUUCUGGGUUAAGCUCAGUCAACAGCAUUUGUAGCAUAGUGUUAAUAAGCACAACAAAUAUUUUCAACUAGUCUCUCGUUUAUUUAAAAAUCACAGUUGCAGUGAGGCACUUACAAUGAAAGUGAAUGGGGCAGUGGUGUAGCCGAGGGGCCACCCAAAUUAAACCCAGGCCCAUCCAGAAUAUUAGAGAUUAUUUUUUGACUCCAAAUAUAUAUUUAAAAAUUCUUAAAUUCUGCUUUCUGAAAGUGUGUAAGAACAGUUUGAAUGCGCCACUUUUCUGUUGCUAAGUAAAAUUUGGCCCAUCCAUUAGUAAUUUUCUGGCUACGCCCUUGGAAUGGGGCAAAUACAUAAACAUUAAAAUACACACUUUUUCAAAUGAAUAGCCACAAGAUGGAAACAUUAUACAUGUAACCAUGAUUUUAGUUGUACAUGAUUUUAAUGUGUUAAAAUUGCUUUUGGGGUUUACGGGUGUUGCGUCGUCAUGGCAACGCAGUUGGAAUAUUUCAUAUAACUUUACACUGAUAAGGUUAGUAAGUGAUUUUUUCACAAUCAUCUUGUGUCUAUACUUUUAAAACAAUGUGUAUUUUGAUGUUGAUGGAAUGGCCCCAUUCACUUCCAUUGUAAGUGCCUUACUGUAACCGCAAUUUAUGCUUUUUAUUUUAAUAAAUGAGGGAAGAGUUGACCAUAUUUUCUGUGGUAAUCAAUAUUAUGCCACAAAUUGUGUCGAUUGAGCUUAACUUGUAUUGAACCUGGAAUAUUCCUUUAAUGGAACAUUGAUGAUUUUCACCUGUGGUUACUCUGCUGGGACACCUGUGUUAAAGAUACAUUUCACCCAAAAACGAAAAUUCUCUCAUCAUUUACUCACCCUUAUGCCAUCCCAGAUGUGUAUGACUUUCUUUCUUCUGAUAAACACAUAAAAAUAUUUUUAGAAGAAUAUCUCUCUGAAGGUUUAUACAAUGCAAGUGAAUGUUGAGCAAAACUUUGAAGCUCCAAAAAAAAGCCAUAAGACUCCAGUGGUUUAAUCCAUUUCUUCAGAAGUGAUAUGAUAGGUGUGGGUGAGAAACAGGUCAAUAUUUAAGUAAUUUUUUACUAUAAAUCUACACUUUCACUUUCACAUUCUUCUUCUUUAGUUUUUUGGCUAUUCGCAUUCUUCAUGCAUAUCGACACCUACUGGUUGAGGUUGGUCAAAGGUGGAGAUUUAUGGUUAAAAAAGGACUUAAAUAUUUAUCUGUUUCUCACCAACACCUAUCAUAUCACUUGUAAAGACAAGAGUCAUAUGGAUUACUUUUAUCCUGCCUUAUGGGAGCUUUUUGGAGCUUCAAAGUUUUGGUCACUGUUCAUUUGCAUAGUAUGGACCAACAGAGCUGAGUUCUUUUUCUUAAAAUCUUCAUUUGUGUUCAGAAGAAGUAAGAAAAUCAUACAUAUCUGGGAUGGCAUGAACUAUCCCUUUAAAUUGAGGGGAACUGAUUUCAGACAUCAGCUAAAAUUCAUCUUGGGACCAGCUGGUUGAAAGUCAAAAUGGCUCCGAAAAGUUGGUUCUGGGAAAAGAUCUGUUAUCUAAUGCAAAGUGUGGUUUAAAGCUUCAAAUACUUUUUGGGGCCAUAAAAGUAAAUUCAUUUGUCUUCAGAUUGUUGUCUAGUGUCAACAUAUAGUAAUACCGUAUAUAACUAAAUGGCAUAUAUUUCCAUUCAUAUCGUCAGUAUCAUCAGGAAAAUAAUUUGUCCAUUGGCCUUGUUUGAACAAUAAGUUGUGUGGGGGGAUAUGAAUUUCCAAUGUCAGAAAAAGACAUUUGAUUGUUUUUGUUUUCCUUUAUAAAUGCACUAUAUGGCCAAAUGUAUGCGGACACCCAAACACCACAUCCAUAUGUGCUUGUUGAGCAUUUAAUUUCAGAACUACUGGUGUUAAUACAGAGUUGGUCCUCCACUCUUCUGGUUCAGCUUUCCACUUGAUGUUGGAACAUGUUGGAACAAAAAGUCUCUAGAAUGCCACUGUAUGCUGUAGCAUUAAGAUUGGUCUACACUGUAAUUAAAGGGCCUAGACAAACCUGUUAUUAGAACAGGGUGUCCUGUCCACAUACGUUUGGCCAUGUAGUGUAGUUAAGUCUAACUUCUGUUAUAUCUUUAUUUAAAAGGGCUUCAUGUGUCUUUAUCAUGUCCACCAGAGUACAUUGGAGGUAAUUUUCUAAGGGUUAGUUAACUUUAUGAGAAAAAAAAUAAAUAAAUAAAAUAAUAAAAAAACAUGUAUUUUGCACAA